AUGUUCAUUACAUUCGAGCGAUGGCGAGCAAUCACUUGUCCAUUGAAAAGCCCAUUACAGGCGACUCGAUACAUUAUUGCAGGCACAUGGAUUGUUGCGAUGAUUAUGUCCUCACCGGAACCGUACACACUCCAUUUGAAAAGUGCCGAAUUCCGUCGGCCAAAUUUUUCGUCGACUUGGGGUACCCGAUGCAUUGCUUCGUGGUCAAGUGAAACGGAACAACAAUAUCAGAUUGUACUGACACUAUGCGCCUAUUUGUCGCCCUUACUCUUCAUUACGGUACUAUGCCUACACAUGAGCAGGACACUGAAUAAAUGCGAAAUGUCUGUUGGCAAACGCCAAGCGGCAAAUCGUAAAAAAGCGGUCCGAAUGUUGAUCGCUGUCGUCUGUAUGUUCGCCUUGUCCUACCUUCCAGUACAUCUACAUAAUAUUGCUGCGACCUUCGACUUACUGGGUCGUGAUUCUGACAUCAACUGGAUCUACAUACGUAAGCUUCUGCCACGAGUAUUCAGCUAUUCGUCGAGCUGUCUGAAUCCGGUCCUCUACAAUUUUAUGUGCAGUAAGUUUCCAUACUUUAAACUCUCCCUAUCCCUCCCCUCGUGA